AUGAUCGCGAGACUCGAUCGAGACGAUCCGCUGGGCGUGGAUCUGACGCUGCGAGGGGCGUCGACGCGGCAUGGGGCGGGGAAACGGAUGACGCUGUAUGAUUACGCGAGGACGGUGAAGGCGGCGCAUCCGCGGAAAAUAUCGUUGAUUCGAGUGGGAGAUUUUUACGAGUGCUUGGGAUACGACGCGGUGAUGCUGGUGAUGCACGCGGGGUUGAAUCCGAUGGGGAUUUCGGGGGUGCCCAAGGCGGGGUGCCCGGUGGUGAAGAUUCAGGAGACGCUCGAUCGGUUGACGUCGAGAGGGUACUCGUGCGUCGUUUGCGAAGAGGUGCCGCAGAUGAAUAGAUACGGCCAACCGACGCCGCCUAAGGAUCGGUACAUCGCCGCGAUCGUGACGCCGGCGUCGCCGAAUUACGUCAAAGGCGCGGCAUCGCAGGGCGAAGACGUCGAUUUCGGGGAUGGGAGCGCGCCACCGGUGAUUGGGCUCGCGAGCAGCGCGCUCGGGUACACCGUAGUCACCGUCGAACCGGAUCUGCGUCGAGUAUCCGUCCUCGAGGGAUUGACGGCGGAAGCCGCCGCGGCGAAGCUGUCGGCGGGCGGCAUCGCGCCGCCGCUUUACAGGCACGCAAGUCUGGGAAGUGGUCACGCACAGAGCGGUCGGCACGCGGCCGGCACGAGCGCGCCGAGUCGGCGUUUACGCUGGGAGGUGCAAUCGAUUUUGAGCGCCGCCGAAGGCGUCGACGCGGUGAAAUACAACGGCGACGUCGUGGAGAAGCUCCUAGAUCUCGUGCGUUUGGAUCACGGACUCGGGCCCGAAGAUGCUUUCCAUCGCGUGACUGUGCCUAACAAAGGCCGCCCAGCGCCGCUCUCACUCGCGACCGCGCAACAGCUCGGAAUCUUGCCGUCGCGAUCCGUGCCUCCGCUCUUGACGCAUCUGUUGCCCGAGAGGUCGGCACCGGCGGCGUGUCGCUCGUACUUACAAGAGCUAUUGCUUCAUCCACCGCCACCUCAAACUGCGCUCGCGAUUCAAGAGGCUUCGGUGCUUUUCACGAAGUCGACGUCGGCCAUGCCGCAACUCGAAGUCCUGCCGCCGAGCAAAGUGGCGAAACUUUUGGCCCAACGCGAGGCGAGCCAUACAUUUUUCGCCGAUCUCGCGUCCAUGGCGCGCGGUGUCGAGGCACUGCUAACGAACAGCAGCGCGGACAUUCGUCGUGCCGGACAUUUGUUGAUCGAUCCCACGUCUUUGAAGCUCGGCGCCAAGCUGAACGGCGACGCGCUCGCCAAGGUGUGCUCGGAGGCGAGCGCGAUGAUCGAAAACGUGGUGAGCGAAGACGUUCUGAAUGGAAUCGCAGUUCUCCUCAACAUACCGAACAGAUUUAUGUUUGAAAACGAGCGUUGGCGAGGCAGAGUUCGUCGCGAGCACAUUCCCGAAGCGAUCGAUCGGGUUGAAUCCGCCGCACGCGCGCUUGAAACGGCAGUGAACGAAGAUUUCAUGCCAAUCAUCGAAAAAGCCGCGGCCGAAAAGAAGACAAAAGCGAGGAAAUGUGAGUUGGAACACGACAUGCGAAACAACGCGCUUUGGAUGCGUCACGCUCCAAAAGAUGCGAUGAAAAUGGACGAUUUUAUUCAUCCGCGCGAUAGAUUCGGAAAAGAGGUCGCAGAUAGAUGGACGACGGCACGAGUCGAGCUUGCUUUGGACGAUUACAGAGUUGCGACGCAAAAAGCCGCGGUCGCAGUCUCUGACACUCUCAUCAACCUCGCCGACGAUUUGCAGGAGCACAUAUCGUCGCUCGUGGGCGCGGCGACUCUUUCAACGGUGACGAUUGCGAUUCUCGCCCACGCAAGCAACGCCAUCAACAAACGUUGGACGCCGCCAACGCUUCUUCCCGAAGGCGACACGGCGAGUCCGCUUGCGGUCGAGGGCUUGGUACCGUUUUGGAUGCGACUUGAUGGCGCGGAGACGGUGCCGAAUAGCUUUGACAUCGAUGGUUUGGUUUUACUCACCGGUCCAAAUAUGGCGGGAAAGAGUACGGUUUUACGCUCAGUGGCCGCGCUAGCGCUUCUUGCGCAGUGUGGACUACACGCACCCGCGAUUUCCGCCCAAGUACCUCGCUUAGACUCGCUCAUAGUUCGAAUGGCGAGCACGGAUUCCCCAGUCGAAGGUUUGAGCUCGUUUGCGGUUGAGAUGCUCGAAAUUAAAUCCAUGCUUAGCUCUUGCACCGCUGGUAGUCUGAUCAUGGUUGACGAACUUGGUCGAGGCACGGAGGCUUCGCACGGCACUGCAAUAGGCGGCGCAGUUGUCGAGGCGCUCGAUGAGUGCGGCGCGCGUGGAAUUUUCGCCACGCACCUGCACGGCAUUCUGGAUUUGCCGUUGCGCGUCUCGCCGUGGACGCGUCGAGCGCGCAUGGAGACGGCAAAGUCGGAUGAUGGAAGCACGCGCCCGACGUGGAGAAUGGUCCCAGGCGAAUGCCGUGAGUCACUCGCGCUCCAAACCGCCCUUGAUUGCGGUAUUUCACACGCCAUCGUCGCUCGAGCCAAUGCAUUGCUCGAGGAACAAACGAGCAUCCCGCUCGUAAAGUUGAGCGACUCAGAGCAGGCGACGUUGAUCGAGAAGCAAGACACCAGCCCGGAAAGACCGCGUGUCGAUGGUGAAUAUUUGAAACUUCUCCUCGCUGAAUCAACUGCGCGAGCGCUUCAACUUGAAAAUGCGCAAGUGAUUCACGUGGGUCCGAAUCAAACGCCGCCGAUUGGCUCCGCCGGACAAACGUGCGUGUACAUUCUUCGCCGCGGAGACGGCUGGUGCUAUUGCGGCGAGAGCGACCAUCUUCCUACGCGACUCGCGACGCAUCGUCAAAGUUCCCAGCGUCUCAUCGAGCUAGUGUACGUCGCGGUGCCGAAAGAAGCGGGAGGAAAGAGCGCCGCGCGCGCCCUCGAGAGCCGCGUCAUCCAAGCGUUACAGCGAGCGCGCGUGCCGUUGUGGUCGGAUCAAGACGCCGCACACAAACAUUUUGGCGCCGCAGGGUGA